GGUUUUCCUUUAUGCGAUGAAUAUGCUUUUCAUGGAGGAAUAGUAUUCGUCUUUUCAAAAUUCUCUUCUUUCGGUGCUUCCUCCUUAGAUUUCGUUGUUUAAAACUUAUAUAUCUUUUCAUCAUCUCCACAAGCUUUUUCGCCACUGUUUUUCUUUCUAGUUUUUGGUGUCCCUGUGCUUGGCCAUUUCGGCUCGCCCGUGUAGAUUUUGAUCAUCCAAACUAGUCUAUUUUGAGAUAAAGUUUCUCAAGAGGUUUAAAAAAGAUAACCUUUGGUUUGUGAUUUGUGUAAUGAUCACAUAGUUUGUUGUGUAAAAUUGUUUUUUUCCCCUUUUGUGAUUCAAGGAGUUUAUAUGAGAACUUUUUUUCUUCUCUUUUGGUUUUUCUAUUUGUAGGUUUGAGACUUGAAGUUUGCUGAUCAAUCCAUUAUUUAAGGUAGAUAUUUUUGGCACUUGUAGAUUGAACUAAUAAGUCAAACAUAGGUUUAGUAUUUAGGAGGUAAUUUGGAUCAUUGGAGGGUUUCUUAGUGAUUAUUGUACCCAUGUUUCCUAAUUGUCAGCAAUUUAGAUAAUCUUAUUUGCCAAUUUUGGGCACUUCAAAAGUUGGGCAGUGCCCAUGGAUGCCUCAACGAGUGGAACCACUACUGUACAAUACCAUAACAUACCUGAUCAACCAAUUACUACUAUUGUUGCUGCUCCUGUAUCUGCAUUUCUGCGACAAGUACGCCAUUGCUUUGGGGACUCCACUCCUGGAGAUUUCCCCUUGGCUGCCAAUCCUUCCAUUGUUCUUCAUGUCCUCACCACUUGUAACUUGGAUCCUCAAGAUCUUGCCAAACUAGAGGCAACAUGCUCCUUCUUUAGGCAGCCUGCAAACUUUGCCCCCGAUUAUGAAUUGUCCAUAUCCGAGCUUGCUGCUCUUGAUAUGUGCCAAAGAAGAGCUAUAUUUAAGCCAAUGACUGAUGAAGAACGUCAAACUUUAAAGCAGAGAUGUGGGGGAUCAUGGAAAUUGGUCUUGAGGUUUCUGCUUGCUGGGGAAGCAUGUUGCAGGAGGGAGAAAUCGCAGGCAAUUGCAGGGCCUGGUCAUAGCAUUGCUAUGACAUCAACAGGAGAAGUGUACUCUUUUGGCUCUAAUAGCUCAGGACAACUGGGACAUGGCAAUACUGAAGAAGAUUGGAGGCCUCGGCAAAUAAGAUCUUUGCAAGGCAUUCGAAUUAUCCAAGCAGCUGCUGGGGCUGGCAGAACAAUGCUGAUUAGUGAUGCUGGGAGAGUCUAUGCCUUUGGAAAGGAUUCCUUUGACGAAGCAGAAUACGGGGUUCAAGGAACUAAACUAGUUACAACUCCCCAGCCUGUUGACUCUUUGAAAGACAUAUUUGUUGUCCAAGCUGCAAUUGGGAACUUUUUCACAGCUGUAUUAUCCAGAGAGGGCAGAGUUUACACAUUCUCUUGGGGAAAGGAUAGCAAACUUGGUCACAAAACUGAGCCAAAUGAUGUGGAGCCCCAGCCUCUAUUGGGAGCACUUGAGAACAUACCUGUGGUGCAAAUUGCAGCUGGAUACUGCUACCUUCUUUGCCUAGCUUGUCAACCAAGUGGCAUGUCCGUAUACUCUGUCGGCUGUGGUUUGGGUGGAAAGCUUGGACAUGGCUCAAGAACUGAUGAAAAGUACCCUAGACUAAUUGAACAAUUUCAACUUUUGAAUCUUCAGCCAAUGGUGGUUGCUGCUGGUGCUUGGCAUGCUGCUGUUGUGGGUCUUGAUGGAAGGGUUUGCACAUGGGGAUGGGGACGUUAUGGGUGUUUAGGUCAUGGAAAUGAAGAGUGUGAAUCAGUUCCCAAGGUUGUAGAGGCACUAAGCAAUGUCAAAGCAGUUCAUGUUGCAACAGGGGACUACACAACCUUUGUGGUGUCGGAUGAUGGUGAUGUAUACUCUUUUGGUUGUGGUGAAUCUGCUAGCCUAGGACAUAAUACUGCUGUGGAAGGACAGGGAAACAGUCAUGCCAAUGUGUUGAGCCCGGAGCUGGUAACGUCAUUAAAGCAAGUGAACGAGCGGGUGGUACAGAUCAGCCUUACAAACUCAAUAUUCUGGAAUGCUCAUACAUUUGCACUCACCGAGUCCGGGAAGCUUUAUGCAUUUGGCGCCGGGGACAAAGGUCAGCUAGGUAUAGAAUUAGUUAACAAUCAGACAGAAAGGGGAAACCCUGAGCGAGUUGAUAUUGAUCUCAAUUAGGAAUUCAUCGAUGGUCUCUCCAUCCAUGUCAUACGCACCAUUUCAUCCAUUAGAUUAUCAACAAUUACACGACAUCUGGUGUUCUAAAUAUCCCUGUUUAUUUUGUAAAUAGAAACAAGCAAAAAAGGAAUUUGUGAAGAUUCAAGUUUAGGUGUAGUAAAGGGCCUAAGAAAAUGGCUAAAAUGGUAAGAAAAAUGGUUAGCACACUGAAACAUCCAUGUUA